AUGACCGAUGAUCAAAUCGUAGUCAAUAAGAUGGAAUACGACGAUUUUUCGUGGGGGACACCGUGGCGAAACUUCGAGAUCAUUUGUGAGGGCAGUUCGUUGUACGUGAACCCUGGUUGGCUAGCCGAGAUGUCGGAAUUCUUCAAGGAGCGCUGUCGUACUGAAAACAAUUUGGUGAUUGAAUACGUCCCCUACAACGAGCUACUCGAAUUCUUCCAAUGUAUUUUCUACUGCCCGAUGCGCAAAAGUUUGUCAUCCAACAACAUUCUCAUCGUUUACCGACUCUCCAAGCUUUUCAAGAUGCCCACGGUGACAGCACGAUGCAACAUCUUCCUCAAAAACGCCGUCAAGAACUUCGAUAGAAAUAAACUUGUGCAGGCAGCUCGGGAAUUGGGAGACGACUCGAACUCCCACACGAUGAGCCUUAUCGUUGAUCGAAUUGCCAAUCUCAGCGAUUAUGAUCUUUCGACAAUGGAGUUCUCGGAGCUUCCUGGAGAUAUCGUCGCCAAUGUCUUCAACAACCAUCAUAUGAAGAAACAGAAGAAAAACAAGAAACGAGGAGGAAUUUGCUCAAUAAUG